UGAAGAGAGCAAAGGCCGGAGUCAGAUGCGCGCGCGAUUCCGUGAGAGGCUGGGCCUCUCGGGCGCACACCACGCGCACAUCAACCCGCCGCGCCGCGCCGCGCCGGAAGGGUGGGUUUCCGAUGAACCCGCCGCGGAGCCUCUUCCCGGAGCUGCCUCCGGCCGGCCACGCCCUCCUCCGCCUCGUGGACUCGUGCCGCGCGCCCGCCCACCUCCGCUCCCUGCGCGCCGCGCACGCGCGCCUCCUCUUCCUCCUGCGCCUCCCCUCCCACCCGGCCUCCGCCGCCGUCCGCGUCAAGCUCAUCCAGGCCUACGCCGCGUGCGCCGCGCUCCCGGCCGCCCGCGCGGUGCUCGACGCCUCCCCCGACCGCACCACCGUCUUCUUCAACGUCCUCCUCCGGGGCCUCACCGCCGCUUCCCUCCACCGCGACGCGCUGCUCCUCUUCGCCUCCAUGAGGCCGCAGGGCCACGCCUGCUUCCCCGACCACUACACCUACCCGCUCGCUCUCAAGUCCUGCGCAGCCACGGACGGGCUCGUUCUCGGGCGACAGAUCCAUUCCUCCACCGCGAGGCUUGGCCUGGACGGGAACGUCUUCGUGGCGCAUUCGGCGAUCAGCAUGUAUGCGCGGUGCGGCCGCCCGGACGACGCGUAUCAGAUGUUCGAAGAAAUGCAGUACCGGGAUGUUGUUUCUUGGAACGCCAUGAUUUCUGGGUUCGCACACGCGGGUUUGUUUGGCCGCGCUAUGGAUGUUUUCAGGGAAUUGGUAGCGUUGCAGUGCCCAAAGCCCGAUGCCGGAACCAUGGCAAGCAUCUUGCCCUCUAUGGGGAAGGCAAGGGUAGAGGAUAUUGCAUUAUUGAAGGGAGUGUUUGAUGAGAUGAGGUUUAAAGGGCUUAUUUCCUGGAAUGCUAUGCUUGCUGUAUAUACUAACAAUGAAAUGCAUGUUGAGGCUGUUGAGCUGUUCAUGAGGAUGCAAAAGGAUGGCAUUGAACCAGAUGCAGUGACUCUGGCGACUGUUCUUCCUUCUUGUGGAGAAGUAUCGGCCCUUUCACUGGGAAAACGGAUCCAUGAAGUUAUCAAGAGAAGAAGGAUGUGCUCCAGUAUGUUGCUUGAGAAUGCCCUCAUGGAUAUGUACGCAAAUUGUGGAUGUCUGAAGGAAGCUAGGGAUGUUUUUGAUUCCAUGGGCACGCGGGAUGUGGUAUCAUGGACUUCAAUAAUUUCAGCUUAUGGCAGGCAUGGCCAUGGUAGAGAGGCCAUUGACUUGUUUGAGAAGAUGUGUGGACAGGGUCUGGAACCAGACUCUAUUGCCUUUGUUGCUAUUCUUGCAGCAUGUAGCCAUGCUGGUCUUUUGGAUAUGGGAAAACAUUACUUUUAUUCCAUGACUAGUGAAUUUCAUAUAGCCCCAAAGUUAGAGCAUUAUGCUUGCAUGGUGGACCUUCUCGGGCGUGCUGGAUGCAUAAGAGAGGCAUAUGAUUUCAUCAUGGUGAUGCCUAUUAAGCCAAAUGAAAGAGUUUGGGGAGCCUUGUUAGGAGCUUGUCGGAUUCACUCCAAUAUGGACAUUGGGUUAUUGGCAGCAGACAGUCUGUUAAGAUUGGCACCUAAACAAACAGGAUACUACGUGCUAUUAUCAAAUAUUUAUGCUAGGGCUGGGAGAUGGGCAGAUGUUAGCAUGGUGAGAAGUGUCAUGGAAAGCAAGGGUAUCAAGAAGUUGCCUGGUGUUAGCAAUGCUGAGCUAGGGGAUAGGGUUCACACAUUUCAUAUUGGUGAUACAUCUCAUCCACAAUCGAAAAUGAUUUACAAGAAAUUAAGUGAAUUGUUACGAAGGAUCAGGGAAAUGGGUUAUAACCCAGAGGUUGAGGCUACACUUCAUGAUGUUGAAGAGGAAGACAAGGAGGGUCAUCUUUCAGUACACAGUGAAAAAUUGGCUAUUGCAUUUCUUCUUAUAAACACUAAUCCAGGAACACCUAUUAGGAUAACAAUGAAUCUAAGAACAUGUAGUGAUUGCCAUCAUGCUGCUAAGUUGAUUUCAACAAUUGCCGGUCGAGAGAUUAUACUUAAAGACGUUAAUAGGAUCCACUAUAUGGUACAAGGAGUUUGCUCAUGUGGGGACUAUUGGUAAAAAGAUAUAUGAUAAGCACCUACUGCCUUUUGAGUUCACACCUUGGCCCUUGCUGCUUCGAGCAUGAAGCUUGAAUUGAUCUUUAUUGACUUGUAUUUGCUUUUUGGUUGAGUGAGAUGGAAAUUUUCUGGAAACAUUCCUAUAGAAAUGCAACAUCCAUAUGCAACUUCCGAGUCAAAAGGAAAGAAGACAAACAAGAUCAACCAAUCUGAGAGACUGGUAUAAAAUUGCUCUAAGCAAAGAUGAAAUGUUGGAGGAGGAACUUCUACAAGGGAAAAAUUAUGUGAACUCAUCUUACUACGCAUCUUUCAUACUUUCACAAAUACAAGCAAAUUUCCAGAAAGAUAUCUGUUUAAUUCUGGGGCAUCAGCAGGGUGCAGUGGUGUUGAUCAUGCAUUUUGGUCUGGUAAGAGGCUGACAGGCAGUGUGGGCUUUGAAUGCUUAACUGUCUUCAUCAACGGCAGAGCUUUGACAGGGCAGUGAGGCACUUGGCACUUCACUUCAGCAAUGAAAGGCAUCAUGAAAGGUAUGGUGAUGAGGAUAGAAUGGAAUGUACCAAUAGUGGGAAAUGGAGAUGGAGAUGAAUUUCAGAGAGGGGUCAGAGUUGGCAUACAGACGUAUGGUGUGGCUACCAGCCAUGACUGAUAUCCAGAAAGGCUUACUAAGUCAGGAGACCUAGAGGCCUUUGUCUUAAAUAUCGGAUAAUGCAUUUAGCAUGGCAUUGCCUUGUCAGCUCCCACUUGCCCUUGUUCUUCGAAGUAGCCAAAAAAUAAUAAUAAACUGGACUACAGUUGGAGGCACGCAGAGGUAUGAUUGAUUAGCUGCCUAGGGCUUACUUGCUUAUUUAGUGCAUCAUAGCCUUUUUCUUUCACCCUAGACUCAUUUGUAGCAUCAUUAAUUGACUAUUUUGGGUGCAACUAGUGCACAGCACUGAGAAAUGAAGUGCUGUAUACUUGUCCCACACACUUGUGUACCAGGAAAAUUAGAGGCCUCUACUUAAUAGGUGUGUGUCUCAAAUUUAUGGUCCUGAUUGAAACCUUGAAGGUGAACUCUAGACCACAGGUUAUAUCAGUUCAUUUUCAGCUCAAACCCAAAACAAUAUGCAAUAUUUAUUGUCCAGAAAAUAUCAAAAUAAUCAACUGCCUGUCCUUUGCACUUGUCGGUAUCAUUUCAGA